CGAACUAUUUGGUAAAUCUGAUUCGGGUGUCGUCACGGUUUGCCACAUCCGCCCUGUCUUUCAGGCGCGUAGGCCUAUACCUACAACCGCCGCCCCCGGGUCUGCUUGAAGAGGCAGCCCGUCGAUUCCCUUACCCGACGCAAAGGGGCAUCGCUAGUACCGCAUCAAAGAUGGUUGAGCAACUUUACACGAAAGUAUGCAUUAUUGGCUCGGGCCCUGCUGCCCAUACAGCUGCGAUUUACACGGCGCGCGCAGAACUGGCCCCAAUCCUUUUCGAGGGCUUUAUGGCGAAUGGAAUUGCUGCUGGGGGUCAGCUUACGACUACAACGGAUGUUGAAAACUUUCCGGGUUUCCCUGAGGGCAUUCUUGGUGUUGAGCUAACAAAUCGCUUCCGUGACCAGUCCGCUCGGUUCGGGACGAAGAUUUUCAGCGAAACGGUCGAGAACGUCGAUUUCUCGAAGCGGCCAUUCACCGUACGAACCUCGGAAAAGGAGGUGAAAGCUGAGACGGUCAUUAUCGCUACGGGUGCUGUGGCGAAGCGGAUGGAGUUCCCGGGCAGCGGCGAGGAGGGUGGCUACUGGAACAAGGGCAUUUCGGCCUGCGCUGUUUGCGACGGCGCCGCUCCUAUUUUCCGCAACAAGCCUAUUGCAGUAAUUGGUGGCGGCGAUUCUGCCAUGGAGGAGGCAAACUUCCUGACCAAGUACGGCUCCAAGGUGUAUAUCAUUCACAGGCGAGAUACAUUCCGCGCUAGCAAGAUUAUGCAGAAACGCGCAUUUGACAAUCCCAAGAUCGAGGUCCUCUGGAACAGCGUCGUAGAGGAGGCGUACGGCAGCGCGCGGGGUUUGCUGGGAGGAGUUAAGCUGCGCAACGUAGUAACGAAUGAGGUGCGUGACCUGGAACUGGCUGGGCUGUUCUUCGCCAUCGGUCAUCAGCCCGCCACUGCCUUUCUGGGUGGUCAGCUGACUCUGGAUGAGGACGGAUACAUCGCGACUACCCCCGGCAGCACCACCACCAACAUUCCCGGUGUUUUCGCAGCUGGUGACGUGCAGGACAAGAAGUGGCGACAAGCCAUUACUGCGGCUGGGUCGGGUUGCAUGGCAGCGCUGGAGGCGGAGCACUUCAUUUCCGCGCACCCACUUCCGGAUGGGGAGGGCGAAGCGGCUGCUGUUGCCGAGACAAACGGCAAGCUGUGAAGGGCCCUUUUGGAGCCCCGUGGAAAGCAGCAGCGACCCAGCCAGGUCGUGUUUUCCUGCUUUCAACGCGCCGGGACAAAACAUAGGACUGGGCGGUAACUGAUCUUCCGUCGCAGCCUCUCGUAUUAGCCGUGCUCCUCUUCCUCCUCUGAGGCUGCUCAGGGUUGGCCGCUGAGGAGGCAGCGUAAGGCUGCGGCGUUUGGGCCAGUUAACUGAGCAGCCGGAGGAUUAGUCGUCUGAAGUGCUGUUUAGUCAUGGCUUAGUCGACAAGGGGACCUAUGCUGUUGAAAUUGAAAUUUGAUUCCUGAAUACUAAAAGCCUGAGUGGUGAAGCGCAAACCUGGGACCGCUGGCCCCCCCCCCCCGCGGGUGUGAUGAUCGCACAACAGCGGCAGAUGUCACGUGAUAAGGUCCAGCGGCUGAGUAAAGGUUAAAAAACAGGCUGGGUUUGCCAUUGGCGACAGCGAUGUGCCAUCGUCGCCACCGUUGCAGCUGGCCUCGUCGUCGCUCAUCGUUUUGC